AUGGUGAGGAUAACUUGCAGCCGAAUUCUCAAAUUUUCAAAACCCUACUUUUGGUUGGGGACGCAAAGCUCAAACCAUGGCUUCAACUCGCGAGCCCAGUCUCAUAAUCCCACUACAAAAAUGAUCACUUCGUCUCUUCGAGACGACGUCUUAACACGAAACACGUGGCAAAAUCGAAGUUUUUUUCAAUGCAGAAGAGUUUCUUCUUCCCAUGCUCAGAUGGCUAAUGAUCAUCAAUCUGUGACGAUUGAGACAUUUGAUGCUUUGUGUGAAGAAGGGAAAAUAAUAGAAGCCGUCGAGAUCUUAGAGGAUAAGGGAUGUGUUGUGGAUUUGCCUAGGCUUCUAGGGCUAGCGAAACUAUGUGGUGAAGCAGAGGCUUUGGAAGAAGCUAGGGUUGUUCAUGCCCGAAUCACCAAUUCUCCUUCUUUAGAUGUUAAAUCAUACAUCACGAUAAUCAAAAUGUAUUUUGAUUGUGGAUCCACUGAUGACGCAUUGAACGUGUUCCACGAAAUGCCCGACGAGAGAGAUUCAGAGACUUGGUGUGUUAUGAUGAGGUGCUUAGCCAAGAACGGAGAUGGUGAGCUCGCUAUAGAUAUUUUUACACGCUUCAAAGAGGAAGGUAACAAACCAGACAAGGAGAUAUUCAAAGCCGUCUUCGCUGCGUGUGCUUCGCUAGGGGACGUUAACGAAGGGUUGCUUCAUUUAGAAGCUAUGUACAGAGACUAUGGCAUUGUGCCUUCAAUGGAUGACUACGUGAGCGUAACAGAGAUGUUGGCAGCAAGUGGUCACUUGGAUGAGGCAUUGGAGUUUGUUGAAAGAAUGAGUAUUGAACCGAGCGUUCAAGUGUGGGAAACACUGAUGAAUCUCUGUUGGGUUCAUGGGGAUCUAGAGCUGGGAGAUAGGUUAGCUGAGUUAGUGAAGAAACUAGAUGCCUUAAGGUUGAAGCAAGAGUCAAAUGCAGGUCUUGUAGCAAAGAAAGCAUCAGACUCGGCCAAGGAGAAACUAAAGGAAAUGGUGGAAAUGCGACGAAAUCCUCAGUGGACGAUGAGAAGAGAGAGUAAGCAUGAGUUUACAUCAGGAGAUACUUCACAUCCAGAGAGUGAUAGAUUAAUGGCUGCAUUGAGGAGUUUGAAAGUGCAUAUGUUAGAGAUGGGUUUUGUCCCUGCGACUUGGUUGCUUGAUAAAUUGGAAGACGAGGAGAAAGAGCAACAACUUCUUUUUAGAAGCAACAAGCUAGCCUUAGCUCGGGGCUUGCUUUACUCAAAGGCUCGUGCUCCCGUGACUGUUUUACAAAAUUUGCGUAUCUGUAUUGAUGGCCACAAUACAUGUAAGAUGUUGUCACUGAUAACCGGGAGAAAACUGAUAACAAAAGCCUCAAAAAGAUUUCACCAUUGCGAAAACGGGGUCUGCUCCUGCCAAGAUUAUUGGUAA